UUACCGUAAGAGAGUAACAUUUACUUGUCAGUCAAAAUGAAAUGUCAGCAAAGUUGUGAUGUCAAAUGUUUACGUAUUAGGUUAUAGGUGGACAAACCAUUUUAAAUAAUGUAAAACCUAUUUGUAAUUACAUAAAAAGUCCUCAAUUAUCCCUCUACAACCCGUGCAGAUUAUUUCCAAACAAUUACCUUUGCUAAAACGCCCACACCACUAUGUUUUGGCAGUGGUUCCUGCUCCUUGUGGUCCUGCCAGCAUUCUUUAUAGGGUUCCUGCUAGCAUGCUGCUUCAUACUCAUACCUUUCGCGUUCAUAUUCGCGUCCUGGUACAUGCGGAUCAAGGAACGUAAGUUGACGCGGAGGAAAAGAGAUGGUGCUAACGUUGCAUUCUUCCACCCGUACUGCAAUGCUGGUGGUGGAGGAGAGAGAGUGCUGUGGGUUGCCAUCAAGGCUAUUAUGGCAAGGUAUCCAGAUGCAAACAUACACAUAUAUACAGUGGAGACCGCAGAACCUCAAGCAAUACUCGAUAAAGCCCAGAACCAGUUCAGCGUGAAGGUGGAUCCUUCAAAGGUGCAGUUUGUGAGGCUCAGCAUGAGGAAACCGAUCGAGGCGCAGACCUAUCCAUACUUCACGUUGCUCAUGCAGAGUCUUGGGUCGAUGCUGCUGGGGAUGGAGGCGUUCAUGAAGUUGAAUCCUGAUGUAUACAUAGACACGACGGGGUACGCGUUCACGUACCCUAUAUUCCGGUACUUGGCAGCGUGCCCGGUGGGGUGCUACGUGCACUACCCCACCAUCACGGCGGCCAUGAUGCGCCGCGUGAAGCACCGCAUCGUAUCGUACAACAACUCCAGUCUGAUAGCCAGGAACCCGCUGUUCACGUGGUGCAAGCUGCUGUAUUACAAGAUUUUUGGAUGGUUGUACGGCGUAGUGGGUCGGUGCGCGGACGUGGUGAUGGUGAACGGCACCUGGACCGAGGAGCACAUCCACGAGCUGUGGGCCGCGCCCCUCAGCACGCACCGGGUCUACCCGCCGUGCGACGUGACGGAGCUAAAACAGCUGCGGUCUCUGGUGAAGCCAUCGGAUCCGAUCCGCAUCGUGGCGGUCGCGCAGUUCCGACCGGAGAAAGACCAUCCGCUGAUGCUGCAGGCCAUGUACGAGCUGCGCAACUUGCUCAUCAACAAUGAGAUGCUUUGGAACAAGAUCCAGCUGGUGCUGGUGGGCGGGUGCCGCGGCGAGGCGGACGAGCAGCGCGUGCAGCACCUGCGGGACCUCGCCAAGCACCUGUCGCUGGAGCGCAGCGUGCACUUCCACGUCAACGCGCCCUACGCCACGCUGCUGCAGCUCUACCAGACCUCCUCCAUCGCGCUGCACGCCAUGUGGAACGAACACUUCGGCAUCAGUGUGGUUGAAUGCAUGGCGGCCGGACUGAUCACAAUUGCACAUCGCUCUGGCGGACCGCUCGCUGAUAUCGUAGAGACGUCGGAGACCUCCCGCACUGGGUUCUUAGCCGCGGAGCCUGAUGAGUACGCGCGCGCCAUACUAGAGGUCAUAGCACUGCCUACUGACGAGAGGAAGAGGAUUAUUGAAGCCGCUAGGGCUUCAGUGGACCGGUUCUCGGAGAAGGAGUUCGAGAAGUCGUUCCUGCGGGCUGUGGAGCCGCUCAUGAGAAUAGACUAGUGUGCAAUGUACGUUCCAUUAGGUAUAAGAGUAAUAAAUCUUACCAAAGUUA